GUGCCUUUUCGACCCGUCAGAGAAUCCGCCGUCGAUUCAUGGCCUCCAAGCGCCCACGCACGGGUCAUGAGUCCUACUAUAGACAGGUGGAUGGGGUGAAGUGUGACCGAGCUUUGCUGGAGGCCGCCGAGCGGGCGGCCAAACAUGGUGCCAUCUCCUUGUCGGAGGCCAUGGAUCUCUGGGAGAAGGCGAAGGAUGGCAAUCGGAUCACGGCCGUGGAGCGACAGACCUUGGGCUGGGUGCUGGAGCACCUGCAGUUGACCGAAAAGGCCAAAGCCUUCCUGGAGCAGCAGCUGAGCGAUGGCUCUUACUACACCACCAUAGGCCACACCAAGUACAGCCGUGGCCUGCUGGAGAAGGCGGAAGGCUUCGCUGCUGAGCAAAGCAUCUCUCAGCAACAGGCCUUGGAGUUGUGGCAGCUGGCUCUGGACGGCGAACGCUUGGGGGACUGCGAGCGGCGCACGCUCCGGUACAUCCUCCAGAAUUUGAAUGCGACCACCGGGGCGAAGAAAUUCCUGCUCUCCAAGUUGGACCCUGCAGUGACGCCUCCUGCCAGCGCCGCUGCCAGCAGCGGUGCGGCGCCUGCCGUCCCACCGCGGAGCUUGAGCGUGUCGAGGUUCCUUCGGUUUCUCAUGGUUCUCAAGAUACCGGAAGAGGUUCAGCGGGGUUUCGGCAAUACACCGAAUCCACCGGGUUGGGGGGACUGGUGACGCCUCUGCUGCCAGGGCAACUUUGUCCCCCGAAUGGAUUCUGUCCUUCAUCGGCACCCUGCUGCUAGCGAUCUUCUGUCACUCCGCUUCUUUGCGGAAGUCAUAGAAUGGAGACAGGAGAAAAUCAUAGAACAUCAGUGC